AUGCCCGACCCAUUUUCCGCCAUCAGCGGGGCAGCUGGUGUGGUUUCUUUGGGCCUUACGGCAUGUCAAGGGCUUGUCGCCUACUACGGACCGUUCAAGUCAUUCAGCACCGAAGCAGAGAGCUUCAUUACGAGCGUGAACGGCCUUAGCGCAACAUUGGAACUGUUGAAAUCUAGGAUCACCCGGCUUCAGAACCCUCUCAACCCAUUUGUAGCUGACGAACUGCGCCUCGUGACCAACAGAAUCAACGACUGCGAAGGUGCGUUACAGCAUCUCUCCCAGACGCUCAAGAAAUGUCAAGGAUAUGAUCCAGCGGGGAUGAUAACAAGGAGAGGAAAGGCAUUUGCGAGGGCUCAGUAUCCUUUCAAACGCGGGACACUGGUCUUCUUAACGCAGACGGUUAUGGGGUUGCAGUCGAAUUUGGACAUAGCCCUACACGCCCUUCAGCUUGCAAUGUCGCACUGCAUACAGCAGCAGAAUACUUCCUUCCUCGCCGUCUCACGAUCGAUGGCCUCUGACAUCGCGACUGUCCCAGCCUCUUUGCAACAUCUCCACAGCAACCAGCAGGAAAUCCUGCAGAUAGUAACGAGCAUUCAACAACUGCAGUUUACGUCCAUUGACCAGUCUACACCACGACCGGGGUCAAACAGAGCUAUUCCAUCUCGCCGCCAGAUUGCAGGUCGAACGGCCCUCAUAACCCCGAACCAAGAUUCAGUUGAAACAAACUGCACCUGCACCAGGACUGGUAGCUGGCUAUUCAGGUCAGGCGGCAUGCUAUCUGGAAUUCGGGGUCAUCAGUUCGGGUGCCCCAAAUACUACGAGCGAGAGGUCACUACCCUUGUCAAUGGCAAGUUCACUAUCCUGAACGGGUUUUUGGGCUGCUCAGCAUACGUCAGUGUCUCAGUAGUCCGCGAAAACGCCGGCGUCACAAUAAAGCCAACCAUCAAUAUUUGGCCUGUGGUAGAUGGGAAUUCGCCUGCAUUCCAACUUCUGGGCAAGGUCGGCAAAUAUAAGAGCGUAAGCGAUGUGUUGGCGGAGUUACGCAGUCUAUUCGAUCAAGGGAAGGCCUCGCCAAGGGACACACUACCAAAUGGAAAAACCCUCAUUCAUGCUGCACUCGAAGACCUUCCAUACGCUCCUCAGUUCUUGUUGUAUUGCCAAUUCAUCGAAGGUCUGAUGCGAAUCUCUCCAGCCGGCCUCAACCAGCAGUCAGACCGUGGUGGUACAGUAUUUGACACUUUGCUGCUCCAAGGGACCAGUCGUAUGGGGCAUGGUACCAGUACCCUCGGCAUCAGUAUCCCUGCAUUGACGAGCCUCGGGACGACGCUUCUGGAACAUGGAGCCGUGGUUACGGCAGAUUUAGUAACGGAGCUGACGAGUGUCCCAAAAUUGAUUAUCCGUCCGUCUACUAUUUGCACCCCUAACUAUCUUUUUCUCCCCACUGUUAUUGACAGAUGUGGCCCAGAAGAGUUUCCAUUGUCCCGACUAGAAUUAGCAGUGUUUCAGCGAGAUGAAGACGCAGUCAAACAGCUUCUAGGUCGAUUUAGUCCUGAGUACACCCUUACCGAGAGGGACGAAUGUGCCUAUACUUCCGCCAUCGGUUGGCCGCAUGGCAUGCGGAUUAUGCUGGAAUCGUACAUUCCAGAGUUCAUGCCGUACCUACUUCACGAAGCGAUCACUUUUUGUCAGUUUCAGUCAGCGGAAAUCAUAGUGGAUGUUGGCCAAUGUCGCAUUUCAGAAUACUCAAUCGCCGAAGCGACCUACCAUUAUAACCCAGCAUUCUUUAGGCUGCUGGCCAAGAGUCUAGCCACCCAAAGACGCCAUCUCCGACAACUAGCUAACCAACGUCUCUCACCUAAUCAUCUACAGGAUUUGGGCGUGGGUGAUUCGGAGAGUCUCCUUGAUGCCCAGUCGUUGAGAGUGGAAGAGGCAUUACGCGAAUCUUUCGGUGUCAGCCCCCCAAGAUGGAAUGCACCGCUAGAUGAUCGUGCCGCUAGUGUUUACCACUUGAUUAGCUCCAAUGUAGAUGCCGCAAAGGCUCUUUACAGUGAGGGAUUCACAGACGUUAACCAAGUGAACUCACGUGGACUAAGUCCUUUGUCACUGAUCUUCGUUAAUUCUUCAAUUCCUGGGUUUAUCGUCGCCGCUCUCUUGGAUGACCAGCAUCCAUUAGCUCCCCCUGCAGUCCAACAGUUACACGACUGUGUCACCCCUGUUGUGCUCCGCGUAUGCACGUUUGAGAGCCUGGGUCUUCGCCAUACCUGCCGCUAUCACUACCUCUUUGACCCCGAGCUUGGAGAAGUAGAGUUGGAUGAUAUAGCGGAAGUCCAGGCAGAAGAACGGUUACUAAUUGAGCAAGUGAAAGAGCUCGUUUCAGAGUUCGAGUUGAAAUAUCGCGAAUUGGGUGUAUCACUUCCAGAGUUCCUGCGAGGGUACUGGGCUGACCGAAUGGAGGAGGUGCUCGCGGAAGACUUUGAUGAGGAUGAAGCGCGUGCUAUGGAGGAGGUUGGAGUUGUUCUUGAUAUCUAG